ACUCACGCUUCUCAAAGAGCCUGCAUGCUCAUGUCCCGCUCACGCAGAAUCAGAGACGCAACAGAAGCCGAUAAGAAGCGUUGUUUUAUCAACUCUCCUUUGGAACUUAGCUGUGUGAUAAAAAAUAUUUUAUCAUAUCAGUUCUUUUCUCUUAAGUUGGACUCGUAUUUGGAUAUAUACCGCGUGAUAAAACGCGGUAUUGUCAGUUGUCUCAGAGUUUAUUCACUCGGAUCAGCCCGUUUCCUGCGACUAGACAGUCUCCAUCUGUCCCAUCUGCACGACAGGACGGUGGACGUCACUGGACUUUUACGGAUAGAAACUGGACGACACGCCGUGAUUUGAAUGCCUUUGCAGGGACUUUGCUGGCUUGUGUGCUGCAGACAAGGCUUCAGUUUGCUGGCUCGGGAUCAUGGGGAGAAAGAGGAGGAAGAGUCUUUUGAGUUACGCAAUCAGGACGAGCACACACACACAGGACGGGGGCAACUAGAGGUCACUCUGUCUCAGCCCACUCGCACAGCCAACGGCACACCCUGUCUGUCAGGAGUUCCUGAGGAGAAGAGAAGUCUCAUCACACAGAAGAGCAAGAUGACGAUGGAUGAAGACCCUGAGGUGCUUGUGAAAGGCUGGCUCCUGCGGGAGGUGCAGGGAGGUUGGCUCCGGCAGAGGAGGUUCUGGUUCGUGCUGACAACAGACUCUCUUGACUACUACAGCGGCCCGGACAGAGAUGCUCGCAGACAGGGCACGCUAGUCCUCACAUCCCUCUGUUCAGUGCUGUGGCCGGAUAAACACACCUACAAACAGACAGGUUACUGGAGUCUGACAGUGUACGGCCGCAAACAUUGCUUCAGACUCUUCACAAAGCACUACAAUGAGGCGGUGCACUGGGCCUGUGCUGUACAGAAAGUCAUAGACAGCAAAGCGCCGGUUGAGACGCCGACACAGCUCCUCAUACGAGACAUUGAGGAAAAUAAAUUCAAUCCAGAAGUUGUAGAACACAUCUAUGAACAUAAUCCCAUCCUGAGGUACACCCAGAGCCCCCUUUACGCCCCACUGCUGCCUUUCCCCUAUGGCAGCCUCCACCACACACAUAUGGCAGGUAAAGGCUACAUGUCCAUCCGUGAGGAGGCGGUGCGGCUUUUUAACUGCCUCCAGCAGUUGGAGUUGGCCCGUGAGCCCAUUCCUCUCAUACAGGGGAUCCUCCAGACCUGCCUCGACCUCCGGCCGCUCCGAGAUGAACUCUACUGCCAGCUUAUCAAACAGACCAGCGUCACCAACUCAGGAGUCCAGACGCAGACGCAGACACAGACACAGCUGAAUCCGCAGCUCAGAUACUGGCAGCUGCUCACAUGCAUGAGCUGCACCUUCCUGCCCAGCUGCAGCAUACUCAGAUACCUACGCUUUCACCUGAAGAGGGUUCAGAGUUUGAGUGUGGACCCGGAGGUAGAGAGCUACGCAUCCUUCAUAGCCCAGGCUCUGGAGAAGACGCGCGGCCGUGAGUGUGUGCCCUCGUGGGAGGAGAUCCAGGGGCUGAUGGGAAGGCAGGAGAUACUGUGUACUGUGCACUACCCUGGACCGGGCUGCUGCCAGAUACCGAUCACCUCGCACACCACGGCUAAUGAGGUCGUGAAGCAGAUGGCGGAGCGCCUCGGGCUGCAGGACAGCCCAAACACAUUUGCUCUUUUUGAGCAGAACUCUUGCUGGGAAAAAGCUAUCGGAGGCAGCACCAUAAUAGCAGAUGUCAUCACCAGAUUUGAAAAUUUGUCAGCUAAAGAUCCCGACUCUGACUGCCAGUGCCGACUCUGCUUUAAACUGUACUGUCUUCUGGACACCGACAGCAUCAGUACAGACAGCAUUGAGUACCUCUUCCUGUAUGAGCAGUGUCAUGAGAUGGUGGUGCGGGGGCAGCUGCCAGCCUGUGAGGACGACCUUCUUUCCCUGGCAGCGUUGAGACUGCAGUGUCUACUGGGAGAUUUCAGCGCCCUCUCACCGUACCCGCCCUUGGAGCAGCUCUUUCCGGCUGAAGUGGUGGAGGCCCGGGCCCUGCUGGCCCCCGUCGAUCCCCCUGGCUGUCCGUCAUUCCCCGGGGGUCUGCUGGCUGGGACGCUGUGGGGACACAAGCGGCGUCAGGAACAGGACCAAAGACUGCGGGCCAGACUAAGGGAAGAGGGAGCCGUGGUGAUGUCGGCCAUUUUGGAGCGCUGGAAAGCCCUGGCGGGAUACAGUCGCAGAGACAGCAUGGCCGCCUAUCUCACCAUUGCCCAGCAGUGGUCGGGGUUUGGCUGCACGCUCUACGAAGUGGACUUUUACAUCAGCUCGACAGGAAGCUUCUCUCAGAAGUUGUGGCUGGGCGUGGCAGCUUCCUGUGUGUCUCUGUAUCGUCAGGGUGAGGCUGAAGCGUUGGAGUCUCUGCCGAUUGGUCAGAUCUGUUCCUAUGGCGUCUCUGACAGCAACACAUUCAGGAUCACUGCGGGAGACAGAGAUCUGCUCUUCGAGACCUCCAAGCUGACUGAGAUCAUGCAGCUGAUGAAUGCUUACUUCAGUGCCACCCGUCGCCAGCUGGACAAGGAUGACUGCAUCUCCACGGAGACAAACCCUAAGCUCCACCCCUCCCUACUUGAGCUCCCCUCUCACCCGGUGUGAAGAGACACGGACUCGUGCAUAUGCAGUCCUGACCGAUUGCUUGCCUGUGAGGAGCUUUUGCAAAGAGGACGAACUCUGAUGAGACUGAAAGGAGCAGAUGCUGUGGAAAUGGAGGAGGAGUGGAAGGUGUCCAGGAGCCACAGACAGGAGAGCAGGUUCAGGAACUCACUUGCUACACCGCCAGCCAAAUCCAGAAAGGACACGGGGACCUAACCAGCCCCUGUCACCUGGGAGCCCGCCAAAUAUCACAGAGAACAUAAUAGCCUGACAGAGUGCAAAAAUUUCUUAAGCAGUAUUUUUGCCUUGUUUUUUAAAAUAUUUAAACAUCCUUAAAAAACAUUAAUUUAUUUUUUUUUAAUUGCUUUUUAAAAUUUAUAUACAUUAAAUCUUCCUUUAAUUCAUCAAGUAUUAAAACGAACUUUUCAAGAAAGUUUCUUUUUAUUUUGCACCUCAUGUAAAUUUGCCUUGUUUAAAGGAUGUUCCUAUGUUUUUUGGAAAACAUGACAAAAAUACUUGGUUUUUUUUCUUUCUUUGCAGUGAUGUCUUUGUAUUUCACUAAAUGAAGACAACACAAACCACGCUGCCAUUGCACUCGCACACAAACACUCGCUCCGCUUUAAACGUUCCUUUCCAGACUCCUGCCCGGAUCGCCAUUAAAACUCAUUCAUCAAACUAUACCUGACUUUGAAAUGAAAGCAGGUGCAAGUCACUUUCACAUCGACCUUCAGAACUGUCCAAUACUGAAGCGACGGUGCUGCGUGUGCAUGUGUGAGACCGAUCUGAACAUUUUAAGCUGUAGAAACCAAAGGAUCUUUAGCUCGUCUCUAUGAUGUGAGUGUAUUUGUGAAAUGCUUUGAGCCCGACCUGGUGCUGCUUGACUGCUGUUAGCUUACAGUAACUCUACACUGUGUGUCCUGUAGCCACAACAGCCUCAGAUCUUUAGAGCCGGUUAAAACCAGCUAACUUAGUCACCCGUUUGCAUCCUGGUACCUGUGAAGGUAAAUUACAUUUUGACAUUAAAAAAAUAAUACAUUUUGUUCAAACCAAGCUUCCCAGACCUCUUAAACACGUUCAAACACUGAAGAUAGACAAAUAAUCAACACUAUUGAUAUGCAAUUUUGUCAUGUAUUCUAAAGAUAGUACAUUUCCAUUUAAGGGAUAGUUUACCCAAAAAUGUAAAUGUAGUUAUUAUAUACUAACCCUUUUUUCAUCUUGCUGAACAUAAAAGAAGAUAUAUAUAUAUCUGGUAUUUACAUACUAUGAAAGUAAAUAGGGUCCAAAAAAAUCACUUUGGAUUCCAUUGACUUUCAUUGUAAAUAAACACACACACACACACACAUACAUAUAUAUAUAUAUAUAUAUAUAUUCUUCUAUGUUCAACACUAUAAAGAAAGUCAUACAGAUUUGGAACAUGAAAGAUGUAAACGAUAACCUUUGAGCAUAAAUUGUAGCCUCUGUCAGUUGUGCUUUUGUUAUGAAGCCUCAUGUCGGCUUGUUUAUCUGCUGAGAUAUUGUCCUUUUUUAAUGUGCGUUACUUUCCACUAGUUUUAUUUAUGCUGUCUGUUGUAUACAUUGUGUGGAAGUGACUUUUGUCCUUUUUACUUACGUUUCAUAUAUCUUUCAUAAAGACCUAUAUUUGUGUUUUAGUGCUUGCAUUGAAAUAAUUUCAAAAGAGCAGACGACGUCAUAGUUCAAAUAUGAUGUCAUGUUUAUUUACUUUUUUUUUGGUUCUUUGUCAUUUAUUACCCAUGCGCGAGAGGUCUGCAUAUGGCAAUUAAUCCAUUUUUGUAUAUCCAGGAGGAUUAUUGACAUUUUGCCAGAACUAAGCAAUGAAGAGUCGUUCACCCCUUUUAAAGUCACUUGGACCAAAUUUCCCUCGUUUUCUUUUAUUUCCCCCCGUCAGAUGACUGCCAAACUAUUACUGAAGCAAUAAAACCUGCCCAAAUAUCCAGAUAUGAGCCUAUUUUCAGUAUGGGGCUCUAGGUUGCCUAAAGAGGAGCCACUAGUGCCUGUCACACAGUAUGUACAAUCUUUAAUUCAAUUCACAGAACAGCUUGUCUGCCUGAACACAAAUCUGAGAAAAGGUUACCAGCUACUUAAUUCAAAGGUGGAGGGCAAUCACAUCUUCAGUGUUGUUUAUUUUGGUUUUUGUCCCCUGUGACGGCAGUAGCAGUUGUUACGUGCUUUUGUGUUCUCUUCGUGUCACUCUUUAGCUGCAGGCAGCUCCGCCCACUUUCAUACAUGUAACAAAGCUCAAACGACAACCUCUGAUGCUUUAGAUGGUUUGUAUGCUGCAUGGUACCUUUAUUAUGGUAUACGUGUAAUAGUCAAUUGCACUAUUGUUUGUACAGCUAACUUAAAUGUGCAAUAAUGCAAAAUGAUGAAUACUGUAUGUAAUAAAAAGCAGCACCAUUACAACAUCACUUGAGUGUCAGAUAUGCUGUUUUUGUGGAAAAUAAAACAUUAUAUUAUUAGUAAUGACA